UCCCCCUAGUAGCUGCUUUUUGCUGCUGCAGCUCCAGCAGCUGCUGGCUCUGGCGAUGGUGGGCGAUUGCAGUUUGCUGGUGUUGCUGCUAGGUUGGGCUGCUGUGUUGUGGUUGGGUUGCGUAGUAGUGCAAGGGGAGGACUCAGCUGUCAAGGCCUCUCAGCACUCCAGGCUCCCCCUGGAGACCAGGGCUCCCCAGACCCCUGACGCUGGGAUCCCCCAGAAGCCUAGGGGGCCCCACCCCAAGGUGCUGGGCUUCUGCCUGGAAGAGGGAGCCUUGGCCAGUGGCAGCCUCAUCAGGGCUACCCCAGGGACCACCUUCCGCCUACGCCUUUAUGGUACUGACCUAAGGAACCACAGCUGGCCUUGGGUGGCCUUUGUACCACUGGGAAGCUCCUGUGCCGUUCCUGAGGGGGGUCUUUCCUCCACACCGUCCCCAGCUGGUGCCCCUGAAUUGCUUUUGCACGACAUCCUACCUGUUGGAGAAUAUGCAGUACUGGUGACAGUGAAGGUGGCCUCUGGGGGCACCCAGGGCCAGUAUCAUCUUUGCAGCCUGGCAGGGCACCAGUGGGCUCCAGCUGCCCCGGGGGAUGCUAUCCUGGUAAUGGAAGAUGAAGGUGGGGGUGGGAGGGUGGCAGCCGUGGCCUUGCCCCCUCCCUUGGCACCCUGGCUUCUGGGCACCCUCGUGGCCUUACUGCUAGCUUUCUUGGCCUUGCUCCGGGUUUUGCAGCUCAGCACUUUGUGGUUGGAUCCAGUGGAACUGUAUGUGUUGCGGGACUGUGGUUCAGAAUCGGAGCGAGAAGCUUCCAAAGUACUGGAGACAGUCAGACAACGUGGGACUUUUGUCCUUUGCUCUCUGCUGCUCCUAAGCUCCUUGGCCAAUGCUGCUUUGGCAGUGCUUUUCUAUAGGGCUGUGGGGAUGUUGGUGCCUGCUAUCCUGGGUGUGGCUGGUUUAGUCUUUCUUUUAGCUGAGGUGCUGCCUUUUACCAUCAGUUCACGGUGGGGACUUCUACUAGCCCCGCGUGGGCUCUGGCUCACCCAGCUCUUCAUGCUUCUCACGUUCCCCAUCUCACUGCCGCUGAGCAAGGUGCUGGAACUCGCUUUGCAUCAUGACACCAGUACAUGCCUCUUGCGGGAGAAAAUCCUGGACAUGGUGCGUAACAGUGACCCCUACAAUGAAUUUGUCCGGGAGGAGUUCAGCAAGGGUGCUCUGCGCAACAAGACCGUUGAGGAUGUGCUGACGCCGCUGGAUGAGUGUUUCAUGCUCAAUGCUUCUGCUGUACUGGACUUCAACAACAUGUCCAUGAUCAUGCAGAGCGGUUACACCCGUAUCCCGGUCUAUGAAGAAGAGCGCACCAAUUUAGUGGACAUGCUUUAUGUCAAGGACUUGGCCAUGGUAGACCCGGAUGACUGCACCCCUCUCAGCACCAUCAUCAAGUUCUACAACCACCCGCUUCACUUUGUCUUCAAUGAUACUAAGCUGGAUGCUGUUCUGGAGGAGUUCAAGCGAGGUAAAUCGCACAUGGCCAUUGUUCAGAAGGUGAACAAUGAAGGUGAAGGAGACCCCUUCUAUGAAGUCAUGGGCUUGGUGACGCUGGAAGAUGUCAUUGAAGAGAUCAUAAAAUCAGAGAUCAUGGAUGAGUCAGAUGACUACAGGGAUAACAAGAUGAAGAAGAAGCCUCCUCAUCUUGGGACUUUAGUGGAUCGCAGGAAAGAAGAUUUCUCCUUGUUCAAAGUGUCUGACAGUGAAUACAAGGUGAAAAUCUCCCCCCAACUCCUGCUGGCUACACAGCGCUUCUUAUCUAGAGAGGUAGACCUCUUCAGUCCAGCUCGAAUCUCUGAGAAAGUCCUCUUGCACCUGCUGAAACACCCAAGUGUCAACCAAGAGGUGAAAUUUGAUGAAAGCAACCGUCUGGCCCCUGAGCACUACCUGUACCAGCGCAACCAACCAGUCAAUUAUUUCAUCCUUAUCCUGCAGGGCAGGGUUGAAGUCGAGAUUGGAAAGGAGGGACUGAAGUUUGAAAACGGAGCCUUCACGUAUUACGGUGUCUCUGCACUGACAGCUCCAUCCUCAGUUCAUCAGUCCCCAGUGUCUACCCUCAGAAUGAACCGUCGUGAUCAGCAGCUGGAUGGGGGAGAGAGUAGUAACUUUUCCAUGUACUGUCCUGACUACACUGUCAGAGCUCUCACUGACCUGCAGUUCAUCAAGGUUACUCGGCUGCAGUAUCUCAAUGCCCUCAUGGCCUCCCGGAUACAAAACUCGCCCCAGUCGCCUGAUGCCAUUGAACUGAAAAUUGUCCCCAGUAGCCAGACGAAGCUUCUGAAUGACAAAAAUGCUGCAACAGGAGACGCAUCUCUGCAAGCUGCUUCCUUGAAUGAUACAACCUCAUGGCUGGGAGCUCAUGGGCCUUUCCCAGGGAAUUGGCAUCGCCUUGAGGAGGAGGCACCAGUUCCAAAGGAGAAGCCCAUGCACCUGAGGCUAGGAUCAUGAAAAAGCAGAAGCAAGCUAAACCUCCUGGAUGAGGAAAGCCUGAGCCGGAGCACUGGGGUCUGACCUGCUGGAGGCGACUGCGGUCGGUCUGCGGGGGGAAGGGCUUGAGCGGACCCCCCCUGGCUGACCAGUGAACAUCGUUUGGCACCUGCAUCCUAGACUCUGGGGAAACUGGACGUCUCUGGCAGCCAAGUGGGCCGUGAGCCCCUUUGGGUUGCUUCUGGUGCUUUGACCUGGCCGUGCGCAGGAGGGUUUUUUCUUUCUUUCCUUUUUUUGAACAGGACUUGACUGGUGGUUGAACUCAGUGGGGUCUCCACCACCAGCAUCAAAGAGUCAGCUUGUGCUUUUUGACUCAGUUACUUCUCUGGGAGCCUGUGGGAGAGGGGGCCGGCUGAGGGUCCCUAGCAGGAAUACAUCUCUGCCAGAACUGGUGCCCCUUCCUAUGCGACAAAUUCCCCUUGAACUCCUUCCCAUAGCUUCAUGCACAUUCUCCCCAGUUGGUUGCUCACAAUGGCAAGCUGCGCUGGCAGCCCAGAGCAAGGAGGGGAGAACUUUGGAGCCCUACCGCUUUUUCCUUGUCUCUGUAGCUGCUGGCUGGGAGGUAGCGUGUAAUGAACUCUGAACGUUCCUUAGCUGCAGUGAGUGAGAGCCCCACAUCUACCCUAUGCCAGCUGCAAGGGCACGCAUUACACAGCUGGCGUCCAGCUCCUCGGCCAAGUUGGCAUUAUCUGUGGUUGUAUGUUUCUCUAGCAAACUCCUCCUCCCACCUUCCUGGGCCAUGGAUGUCACUUGCAUUAUUCGUCUUCUGUGUGCCAAGGCACAAAGACCCCUCAACCAGCUGUAAGUCCCCCCACACACCCGCCCAUCCUUGUCCAGUGCCAGAUAUGGCAUCAUCCCAUGCUGUUCCCCCAUCUUUGUCCAAAUUGUGCCAAAGUCCAUAACCUCUGGAGCCAGACUGCAAUCCUAAACUUCAGCCUGCCACCUGUGCCUCCCGCUCUCUCCCUGGGACUCUGAUCCCCAAGGGCUGCCUGUGCCAUCUGGGGGAGUGCGGUUUUUCUGCAAAUGAGCCCCUGCUUCCCCGCUUCCUCUUUCUUUCUUUCUUUCUUUCUUUCUUUCUUUCUUUCUUUCUUUCUUUCUUUCUUUCUUUC